AUGUCGGACGAUCAUUUUCUUUUCACCUCUGAAUCUGUCGGUGAAGGUCACCCUGAUAAAAUCUGUGACCAAGUUUCGGACGCUAUUUUGGAUGCAUGCUUAGCACAGGAUCCAACUUCUAAAGUCGCCUGUGAAACUGCCGCCAAAACCGGUAUGAUCAUGGUCUUUGGUGAAAUCACUACGAAGGCUCGUCUAGACUAUCAAAAGAUUGUCAGGGAAACCGUCAAGCAGAUUGGUUAUGACGACUCUGCAAAGGGCUUCGAUUACAAGACUUGUAACGUUCUUGUUGCCAUCGAACAGCAGUCUCCUGAUAUUGCUCAGGGUCUUCAUUUGGAGGAAAGUUUGGAGGAAUUGGGUGCGGGUGAUCAGGGUAUCAUGUUUGGCUAUGCUACCGAUGAGACUAAGGAGAAGUUGCCUUUGACUAUCUUGUUAGCUCACAAGUUGAACAAAGCAAUGGCUGAUGCCAGAAGAUCCGGUGAGCUUUCUUGGUUGAGACCUGAUACUAAGACUCAGGUUACCAUCGAGUACAAGAAUGAUGACGGUGCUGUUAUUCCUCUCAGAGUUCACACCAUCGUUAUCUCUGCGCAACACGCUGCUGAAAUCUCAACCGAGGACAUCAGAAAGGAAUUGAAGGAGCAUAUUAUCAAGAAGGUUAUUCCAGCUAAUAUGUUGGAUGAUAAGACUAUCUACCACAUACAACCGUCUGGUAGAUUCAUUAUUGGUGGCCCUCAAGGUGAUGCCGGUUUAACUGGUAGAAAGAUCAUCGUCGACACUUACGGUGGUUGGGGUGCUCAUGGUGGUGGUGCCUUCUCUGGUAAAGACUAUUCCAAGGUGGAUAGAUCUGCUGCUUACGCCGGUAGAUGGGUUGCCAAGUCCUUAGUUGCUGCUGGUCUUUGUAAAAGAUGCUUGGUCCAGCUUUCCUACGCCAUUGGUGUUGCUGAACCUCUUUCUAUCUACGUUGAUUCAUACGGCACCUCCAAAUACUCUUCUAAGCAGCUUGUUGACAUUGUCCAUAAGAACUUUGAUUUGAGACCAGGCACUUUAGUCAAGGCUUUGAAUUUGGCUAGACCUAUUUACCAGAAGACUGCCCGUUACGGACACUUCACUGACCAGUCCUUCUCAUGGGAGCAGCCAAAGAAGCUCUCUUUAUGA